AUGGGUUCCGGCAGGGACAAGCGCAAGAAGGCCAAGGGAGGUGGCAAGCCGGGUGCAGGAGCCGAGAAGACCGCCCGCAAGUCCGAGCAGAACGAGGGAAAGGCAGUGCGCAGGCUGGAACGCAAGACGCAGGGGGGUGAGGACGACAUCGAUGCCUUGCUGGCCAAGUUCAAGCUUGAGGAUGCUGCAGCCACAGCCAUUCGUGUGGAGCCGGGCGUGCGCCCAUCUCCACGCGUCUAUAGCACCUUCAACCUCCUACCCAGCCAGCAGAAAGAGAAUGAGCUGAUCCUGUUUGGUGGGGAGUGGUACGACAGCGAGAAGGACAAGACCCAUGUGUACGCCGACCUCUUCGUGCUGGAUGUGGAAAAGGUGGCCUGGCGUCGCAUCGUGUCGCCCAAGGGCCCCCUUCCUCGCAGCUCCCACCAGAGCGUGAUGACCAAGUACCACAUGUACGUGUUUGGCGGGGAGUUCACCAGCCUCAACCAAGAGAAGUUCCGCCACUACAACGAUCUCUGGCGCCUCAACCUGGCCGACUGGUCCUGGGAGCAGCUGCCCGGCAGGGGCGGCCCCAGCCCCCGGAGCGGGCACCGCAUGGUGCUGCAGCGGAACCGCCUGCUGCUCUUUGGCGGGUUCUGGGACGCGGGGAAGGAGCCCAAGUAUUACAACGACCUCUGGGCCUUCCACCUCACCGACCUGCAGUGGGAGUGCCUGGGUCCCACCACGCAGACCGGCUCCAGCUGGCCCAGCCCGCGCGGGGGCUGCCAGCUGGCAGUCCACGGCGAGCUCCUUUUCGUCUUCGGCGGCUACUCGGUCCUCCCCCCUCCUGACAAGGACCCCGCCGCCAAGGCCGCCAAGCGCAAGUCGGCCGGUGACGACGACGACGAGGGUGGAAAGGGCGUCGUGCAUGACGACGUGUGGUGCUACGACACCAAGUCCGGCGCCUGGGAGCGCGUGAGGAAGGCGGGCAUGGCGCCCAGUGCCCGCACCGGCUUCGGCAUGGCGCGGCACGGCCGCCGCGCCGUCUACUUCGGCGGAGUGGUGGACCAGGCCGGCGGCCGCGACCGCGUCUACUCCGAGCUCUUCAAUGAGGCCUACCAGUUUGAUCUGGAGACGCGGCGCUGGUUCCCCCUGGCCGUCACGCCGGCGCAGCGGGCGCGGUUGGAGGCGGCGGCCACGUGCAUCCAGGCCAGCUUCCGCGGAUAUGCAGUGCGCAAGGCCUACACCGCCUACAAGCUGGGCGGCGCGGUGUCGGAGCUGCUCUACUCCCCCGCGCUCUAUGGCGUGGACGUCGGCGCGUCGGCCGACACGGUGGCGCACACGGAUGUGGUGCUGGACGACGUGUGGAGCCUGGACCUCUCCAAGCUGGACGGGUGGACGUGCGUGCAGGAGAACACGGGCGGGGAGGAGCUGAAGGACCUCAGCGACUGGGAGUCCGACGAGGAGGACAGCGACUCGGAGGCGGAGUGA